AUGGCGCCGGCCGGGCAGGGAGUGUGGAGGUGCUGUGUACGCCUGUGGGGGAGGAGGACGGAGGUUUCCUUGUCGCGGGGUAUCUCUGCCUCUCAGCCCUGUGCCAGCCCCCAGCGUGCUGACCCCUACAUCGCCCUGUGCCGGCGUACCCCUGUGUCCCUCCCCGGUGCCCUGUCCCGGUGUCCCUGCUCCCCUCACCCUAUGCGCAGCCUGUGCGCUGCAGCCCCCCAGAGCCCGCUGUGCUGGCGCUGCCAGUCAGUGGUGGCCAGAGCUGAGCUCUUCUGCCCAUCGUGCAGCGCACUGCAGCCACUGGAUGACACCCAGGACUUCUUCCACAUGCUGGGCUGUGACCAUUCAUUUGAUAUUGACAUUCAGGAACUACAGAAAACAUAUCGGAAUCUCCAGCGUUUGCUUCAUCCAGAUUACUUUGGCCAAAAGUCACAGCAUGAACAGGAGAUAUCGGAAAGACAUUCUUCAUUAGUUAACAAGGCAUACAAUACCUUGCUGUCUCCAUUAAGCAGAGGAGUAUAUUUGCUAAGUCUUCAUGGCAUUACGUUCACAGAAGGGACAGAGGAUGGCGUGGAUGCACCGUUUCUUUUUGAAAUUUUAGAAAUCAAUGAAGAUCUAAAUGAGAUGAACAAUGAUGCUGAAAUUGAAGACAUUGGAAUCUUUAUACAAGCUAAAUGUCAGUCACUGACUGAAAAUAUCAGCGAUGCCUUUCAAAAAGGUGACUUUGAAGGUGCUAAAAUGUUUUUAGCGAAGUUGAAAUACUACUCAAAUAUACUUGACCAAGUUAAGAAGAAGAUUAUUCCGUGACCGAUUAUUCUGCCAGCUCCUGUUAAACUGUAAUACUGGGCUGCAUUCUAAUAGGUGUCUCACCAUGGACUAGCUAGAUCUUUGGUCAGACUGGUAAGAGCACACCUGCCCAUGACAACCCUGCCUACUUGUAAGCAGAAGACUGAAGAGCACUACUCCGUGAAAGGCUUUUAUGGGAUGACUAUUGCAGACAGAUGAUGGUACAAUUAAUAAUUUCAUGAUUCCACUAUGUGGUUUUCAUUGUGCAGAAUUUGAUAUUUAUUGCUGUUCAACUGUUGAUACACAAACGUUUGUCUAAUGAUCAUUUCAGUCCGGAAAUAUCUAAAGUGUUGGUCAUGAUGAAAUUAUAUUCUCUGCUUUAUGGUUGAUUUAAUAUAUAGAUAUCAGUUUUAUUGUCACCUACAGAAAUCUCAUAUUUUACUGUUUUUGGACUUUUGCAAGUUUUUAUUUAGUGCAAUAAUAUUUAAUUAAACUUUAUUUUGUGAAUGUU